ACUGGCCUGUUUUUACACCUUCCCUCUAAAUAAGGAAGCGGCCCGUGGGGCAUAUGACCGCUGGUCCAAUUUGGGAGCUGCCAACGAAGCCCAUCAUCAUCACGCCCCAUCUUCUCUCGCGCUCACUGUCCCCGGGGCCGCUCGCGUGGAUUGACAGCGAUUGGGUUUUGGCGUUCAAACUGACCCCCGGCGGCGAGGUCAGCGUGAUGUCAUCCUGAAGGUGAGUGAUGUCAUACAGAAGAUCUUCCAGGCAAGGUGAGCUCGAAUUUUGGUGAGUGUGUGGUGCUCCCCGUCCAGAGAGGUGAAACAUGGUAAUCAUCAUAACCGCCACCGCCACCAGCUCAAGCUCUGCCGCUCUGCUCUUCUCAUCUACCGAGGGGCUUAUUGCGUUACACGCUCGCAGCCCCGACCUGCCUUCCAAAAAUAAGCCCUUGCCACCAUGCCGAAAGAAGAAAAACAAGAGUGGUAUUUUUAGGGGCUUUAAUUUUGACCACGUGCCCCGAGGGUAAACCGGAUGGCCACUGCGCAAAGGUUCCUCAUCAGUAUGUGCGAGAGCAGCGGGCGCUGGACGUGGACUGCGGUUGUUCUGCUGGGCUUUCUGCUUGGGAUCGUGUCCUCCUACCCCAUCUCGAACAGGACUAAUGCAACUCCACUGGAGAAAAGGUGGGAGAGGCUCUUUUCCCACUCCGUUUUGGGGAUCUCGGUGGAGAAAUCGGACCUGAACUGGGAGAAUGACUAUUUGCUGGGCAUUAAGAGAGUGCGGAGGCUGUACUGCAAUGUGGGCAUCGGGUUUCACCUGCAGGUCCUGCCAGACGGAAGGAUAAACGGUGUCCAUAAUGAGAACCAGUACAGUCUCAUAGAAAUCUCAGCGGUAGAGAGAGGAGUGGUUAGUCUAUACGGCGUGAGAAGCAAGCUGUUUGUCGCAAUGAGCAGCCACGGAAGGUUAUAUGGAACGAGGGCCUUCCGUGACGAGUGCAAGUUCAAGGAGACACUGCUGCCCAACAAUUACAACGCAUAUGAGUCUUCCAUUUACAAGGGCUUUUAUAUCGCCCUCAGCAAACACGGCCGCUUGAAGCGAGGCUACAAGGCUUCCCCAGCAAUGACUGUCACACAUUUCCUCCCACGUUUAUGAGCAAACCUGGCAAUAACACAAUGAUUUGCACAUGCUGGAUGUUCUCGUAGGUAACCCGAACAUGCUAAGAGGUGAACUGCAAUGAACUAAAAUAACACUUACAGUAUUUAUUCUCGUUGAAAUAAUAAUAAUAUAUGUAUAUUUCGGUAGCUUACUUUGUGUCUGAACUUUGUGUACAUGCCAUUCUUUGCUGCUUAUGAUUUCUAUUAUGAAUAUUAUGAGAGUCGAGGAGCUUUUUUUGCUCUCACUUUUUAUGGGUGCUUGCCAUAACUGGUGUAAACCUUACCCGGCAUUGGACUAACAUCCUUAGCUUUUACAGUGAAAUGGAUACUUUUUAUUACCUCAAAGAGCCACGUCCGCAUUGAAAAAAGUUAUGGAGGGUAAAAGAAAUAUCAGUUUACUCUGAUCUUCAUCUGUUCCACCAUUUUUGAAAGCACUUAUUUUCAUGAUUAGGUGGUGCCUUAGCCUCUGCUAUUUUGCCUCCUUUUAUGCAUGCAAGAAAGAGGUUUUUGUUCCAUAUUUAGAUUAAUAACCAAAUAGUCGUCAUUAAAAACCGAUUGCAUGCAUCCUUAUUGGGAGUUAACUCAGAGAGGGCUAUUUUACACCUCAAGUAAGUUCAGAAUUUGACUGAAAGUCUGUGGACGGCUAGUCCUGAAAGGUUUGGGUGCUUCCAUUUGAAUGAAUACUUAUCAAGCUUGUGAAAUGCAUUAACCUUGAAUUAUGUGGCACGAUUAUAUGAUAGCAUAGCUAUUGCUUAGUGAUAAGAAAACCGCUGAUUUGAUUGAUCAGAUUUAAUAUAGCGUGUGAUUAUGUCCUUUUUUAAUCAUAUGUAUUUAUAUUAGUCAUUGGUGUCUAUGUUUUACCUCUACAGUCAGUGAGGGUUUAUUCACUAACAUGUUGACUGCAUACUUGAACUCCUCCUCAGAAAGUCUUUGGAAUGUAAAAACCUAUACAACCGUCUUAAUCUGUUCGAGAUAACAUCAUUUGCGCAUUACUUUAUGUUUGAAUACAAGCAUAGACCCGAGCACCUGUGCACACUCUUAAGUUCCCAAGUCGAUUGACUUUGUCUAGAGAAUUUGCUUUAGGUCGCACUUGAAAUUGAAUUGAACUCUGAUAUUUGGAGAUAUUCCCCUUCCCUUGCCCCACUAUUUUAAAAUAUACAAUUACAGGAAUAGUUCACCCAAAAAUGUAAAUAAAAUAAAAAAUGUGGAGAAAUUUAGCAUUACUUUAGGCUACUUGUUCACCAAUGGAUCCUCUGCAGUGAAUGGGUGCCGUCAGAUUGAGUCCAGACAGCUUUAAAAGAAAUCAAAAUAAUCUGUGUGGAUUACUUGUAGAUUAUUGUGAUGACCACAAAACUGAUCAGAUGUUUGGACUCUUAUUCCGACGGCACCCAUUCACUGCAGAGGAUCUAUUAGUGAGCAAGUAAUAUAAUUAGAAAUUUCUCCAAAUCUGUUCCAAUAAAGAAACAAACUCAUCUACAUCUUGGAUGUUCUGAGGGUGAGUACAUUUCAAGUACAUUUUAAUUUUUGGGGUAAACUUCUUUAAAGGAAUAAACUCCUUUAAAUUCAAAUAAUAACUAAUUUAUUAUUAGCAUAUUCAGUUAAAGUCUGAGGCUCUCAUUUUCCAUCUUCACUUUACUUGUGGUUGCUGCUCACACUGCAACAAUCAAGAUUUGUUUUUCUUUGAUACUAUACCCUUAAAACAAGUGCAAAACACGUCGUGUUCGAACACGUGUUGCAUUUCUGACGUAGCUGCAAUGUGCAGGAAAGAAUGAAAGGUUUGAUAAUCACUGCAGGACUAAGAACAUACUGACCUUGAUUUCUCUUGCAUCACUGCUUCUACUUGACAUUUUGAGACAUCUUAAUGAUACGAAGGAGAAGGAUGUUAUUUUUAUAACAGUUAUGGCUGGGAUGUUUGAGCCAGGUACACGGAUAUUUAGAUUAUAUACAAUAUGCUCAUGGAGUGUGUUUGUGACUUUUUUUCUCAAAGGUAUAUUUCACCCAAACAAAAUGGAUUACUCACCCUUAUCUUGAUCCAAACCUGCAUGACAUUUUGUCUUCUGUGGAAAGUAAAAGAAGGUUUUUAGAAGAAUGUUUUGGACCUCAUUGACUCAUUAUUUGGGCACUUAAGAACAGAAGUUACACAGGCUUAGAACGACAUGAGGGUGAAUAAAUAAUGACAGAAUUUUCAUUUUUGGGUGAACGGUCAAAGCAAAAUUAAAACUAUGGUCAUUUUUUUAUGUUCUGGGAAUAAAGAUUGAUUUUUAGCUGUGCUAUGUUGAAAAGAUGAACUAUAUAUUAAUACUGACGGAUAUGGAUUUAAAAUUCUUUCUAUCCCAAAUAUGGCAUGCAAUGUGAUUGCUUCAAUGAAACUGUCAAAAUGUCUGCUUUUUAUGUAUGUGAUGACUGAUGUUAAUUUAUUGAUAUGUAUCUCCACUGUACCCUGUCCUCUAUCACAUUUCUGAUCUCUUUGAACUUAGAUGAAAUGAAUAGAAUUUUGCAUGGUUUUUAAUGCAAAAUGAUACAGAAAUGUGCAUCUAGAAGUUAAGCCCUCUAAACUAAGUGCUUAUACAGAAACAGCUAUUUCUCAUGUAAGUUCCACCGGUUUCUUUGUACUGUACUUUGUCUCCAGCUUUGAAAUGGCCCCAUUUGUGGCUUGUGAGAUGAUUGUAAGGGGUGGUGCAUGUUUGUGUGUCCUUGUACGUAUGCAGCCUUUGUGUUUUCUCAGUUUUGUAUUCCUGCACUGAGGGGCAGACGCCCCCUCCAAAUUCCCCUCCUAUUUUCUAACAUAUACCUCACCUUCUGCCUUAGUUCCAAUUUGUUGAAAUGAUUGUAAGAUAUGUUGGAGACAACAAGCUUUUUGCAAAUCGUAUUGUUCUCUGAAAAAAAAAAAGAAAAAAUGAGUAAUAAUUCUAGUAUAUUAAGAAAAUGUUUCCUUUUAUUUUUAUACGUAUGUGCUGUGCACAACAGCCAACUGUAUUACUGAAAUGAAAAUAAAAGGUUGUUUUUUA